UGCAACUCGGCGGGCGCAGGUUUGCGCAGGCGCGGCGAGGCAGCGGGUGGGCGGAGCCGGUCGGGAUGAGUGGCGCGGGGACAGAGACCCCUGUGGGUUGUGAGGCCGCCCCGGGUGGCAGCGGCGGCAAGAAGAGGGACUCGCUGGGGACUGCGAGCUCAGCGCACCUCAUUAUCAAGGAUCUUGGAGAGAUUCAGUCAAGGCUCUUGGACCACAGACCCGUUAUUCAAGGUGAAACUCGUUACUUUGUAAAGGAAUUUGAAGAAAAACGUGGUCUUCGGGAAAUGAGAGUUCUUGAAAAUUUGAAGAAUAUGAUCCGUGAAACAAAUGAGCACACUGUGCCCGAAUGCAGAGACGCGAUGGAGAGCAGCUUGAAGGACGUCCUCCAGAGACUGCAAGCAGCAAAUGACUCUGUCCGUCGACUCCAAGAGAAAGAACAGGAGCGAAGAAAGAUGUAUAAUGACCAUUUAGUAGCUAGUGAGAAGCAGCAUCAGCUCCAGUGGGAGGAGCUCAUGAGAGAAGAGCCCCAUAGGCGGGCUGCAGUGGAUGAAGAGCACCGGAGAGCAGUGGAGAGGCUGAGAGAGCAGUAUGCUGAGAUGGAGAAGGACCUCUCGAAGUUCGCAACCUUUUAAGAACUGAACCGCCACGGUGACAAAGGAGGAAACAUUGACUUCUGCCCACAUCCUUUCACCAACCAUGUAGCCUCUGCUUCAAGCUUAGCAAUAUAUCUAAUCAGUGGCACUCUUAUGUCAGAGGAGAGCGACUUCUGUAGAAGCCCGAUGGAAUGUUCAGCAGGAGAGCGCCACGUCGUUCCCUUUUAAGUGCCUAUAGGUGACUGUGCAGAUGGGAAGCUUGGGAGGAAAAGCGGGAUGAGCUCACUCUUUGUUAAUCAGAAUUGGUUUUCUUUUCCAACAUUUAGCUCAGAGAACUGUAAGCACGGACUUCCUAGGUAACAUAGUCCAUGCUCAUGUGGGGUUAACAUUAGUUUAUUAUUGGGGCUUAAAGGGCAGCUGCUGUCACAGCUUCCCUGGCUGUGGGAAAGAUAAGCGUGCAUAAAGUAUGAUUCCAUGAGUAAAGUCAAACAAACAGCUGGCCUUGGGGAGAAGGUUGCACUCGAGAGAGCUAAGAGGGAAAGCGUGGUCUCCACUGUGACGAAGGCCACAGCGGGCUUUGAAGCGCUUGCUGGGAGAAGUUGCGGAUUCUGCAGCGCAGCACAAUGCCAUGCUUUUCCCUGGGUGAGAAGACACGCGUAUGAAGGUUUGUGGCCUUCUAGUCCUUAAUAUUUUCAUCUUUUAAAGUGUGCUUAGGACAAAAAGUUUACCAAAAACACAUUUCGACGUCUAGGCUUUUCAAGAACCAUAGUCUUGCUCAACUGUUUACCUCAUUUUUUGGUCUGUUUUGCUGUGGGUAAGUGUAUAACAUAAAUAAUGUCUGUGCACGUUUCAAGUAUUUACUGAGCAAUCAGCAAAAUCGGCCAAGGAGUCCCUCUGGAGCCAUCUAAGGAUUCUGGCUCCGAAUGAACCAGAAGUGUUUGUCCACUUGGCAAAUGAUCUGCGUUAAAUGUAAAUCCUUUCUAGUGUUAAUGUCUGUGCUCAUGAGCAGGCGUAUUAUGAUGAAACAUCUACCAAUUCUGUCAUCACUGUGAUCUUUAAAAUCCGCAUUUAGCAAUCUAAUGGAAGAAUUUACGUUGAUUUUUUAAUUUGCCAUAAACCCAGCAAAAGUAAAUGCAAUAAUCAAGAGAUUUAUGGCAAAUUAAUUUGUGGUAUGGAUAAAUCUUUUUAAUAUUUUUAUUGCUUUUCAGUAAAGAAAGGCAUAAGAAAGAAAAUAUCCAGUUCUCUUGUGUUAUCUCAGUGUUGCGACUACAGAAAAUUGACAAUGCUUCCUGUGUGAAUUUAUGGCUUACUGUCAAAGCUUCAUUCUUGGCUGCAUGUUGAAAAUGUGAUUAAAGUUAAUAGAGGAGAUGAAA